AUGACGUGCCAAGCCAGGACAUCCUACACCGAGGACGAGGUGCUCUGGGGUCACCGCUUCUUCCCUGUUAUCUCCUUGGAAGAGGGGUUCUUUAAAGUCGAUUAUUCCCAGUUCCACGCGACGUUUGAGGUCCCCACCCCACCGUACAGCGUGAAGGAGCAGGAGGAGAUGCUGCUCAUGUCCUCUCCCUUGAUAGCACCUGCUGUGAGCAACAGCAAGGAGAGGAAUAACUCGGUGGAGUGCCUGGAUGGUCUCGAUGAAGUUGGCACUAAACUCCCUUCAAAACUGCAGAAAAUAACUGGGAGGGAGGACUUCCCCAAAAAACUCCUCAGGAUGAGUUCCACCACCUCUGAGAAGGCCUACAGCAUAGGGGACUUACCCAUGAAACUCCAGCGGAUCAGCUCGGUCCCCGGCAAUUCAGAGGAGAAACUGGUAUCCAAGACCACAAAGAUGAUGUCGGAUCCCAUCAGCCAGUCGGUGGCUGACCUUCCUCCCAAGCUGCAGAAGCUUUCGGGGGGUGGUGGCAGGAUGGAAGGGAACCUUCCACCUAAACUGAGAAAAAUGAAUUCCGAUCGGUUUACAUAA